AUGGUUGUGGGCAUCAGCUAUGAUGCCCCUGCCCUCCAAGUCCCCUGGACAUACCCCAUGGUUGUGGGCAUCAGCUAUGAUGCCCCUGCCCUCCAAGUCCCCUGGACAUACCCCAUGGUUGUGGGCAUCAGCUAUGAUGCCCCUGCCCUCCAAGUCCCCUGGACAUACCCCAUGGUUGUGGGCAUCAGCUAUGAUGCCCCUGCCCUCCAAGUCCCCUGGACAUACCCCAUGGUUGUGGGCAUCAGCUAUGAUGCCCCUGCCCUCCAAGUCCCCUGGACAUACCCCAUGGUUGUGGGCAUCAGCUAUGAUGCCCCUGCCCUCCAAGUCCCCUGGACAUACCCCAUGGUUGUGGGCAUCAGCUAUGAUGCCCCUGCCCUCCAAGUCCCCUGGACAUACCCCAUGGUUGUGGGCAUCAGCUAUGAUGCCCCUGCCCUCCAAGUCCCCUGGACAUACCCCAUGGUUGUGGGCAUCAGCUAUGAUGCCCCUGCCCUCCAAGUCCCCUGGACAUACCCCAUGGUUGUGGGCAUCAGCUAUGAUGCCCCUGCCCUCCAAGUCCCCUGGACAUACCCCAUGGUUGUGGGCAUCAGCUAUGAUGCCCCUGCCCUCCAAGUCCCCUGGACAUACCCCAUGGUUGUGGGCAUCAGCUAUGAUGCCCCUGCCCUCCAAGUCCCCUGGACAUACCCCAUGGUUGUGGGCAUCAGCUAUGAUGCCCCUGCCCUCCAAGUCCCCUGGACAUACCCCAUGGUUGUGGGCAUCAGCUAUGAUGCCCCUGCCCUCCAAGUCCCCUGGACAUACCCCAUGGUUGUGGGCAUCAGCUAUGAUGCCCCUGCCCUCCAAGUCCCCUGGACAUACCCCAUGGUUGUGGGCAUCAGCUAUGAUGCCCCUGCCCUCCAAGUCCCCUGGACAUACCCCAUGGUUGUGGGCAUCAGCUAUGAUGCCCCUGCCCUCCAAGUCCCCUGGACAUACCCCAUGGUUGUGGGCAUCAGCUAUGAUGCCCCUGCCCUCCAAGUCCCCUGGACAUACCCCAUGGUUGUGGGCAUCAGCUAUGAUGCCCCUGCCCUCCAAGUCCCCUGGACAUACCCCAUGGUUGUGGGCAUCAGCUAUGAUGCCCCUGCCCUCCAAGUCCCCUGGACAUACCCCAUGGUUGUGGGCAUCAGCUAUGAUGCCCCUGCCCUCCAAGUCCCCUGGACAUACCCCAUGGUUGUGGGCAUCAGCUAUGAUGCCCCUGCCCUCCAAGUCCCCUGGACAUACCCCAUGGUUGUGGGCAUCNGGCCCCAGCAGUCACCUGAAGGCCCCAGCAGUCACCUAAAGGCCCCAGCAGUCACCUGA